AUGGCCGCCAACCCGGGGCCCCUGCGCCGCGCCGCGCAGCGCAUCUUGCAGGGCGGCGGCGCGGCGCGGGCAGCGGCGCUGGCGGGGCAGCCCACUCCGCUCACGCACCCAGGCCUGCUGCAGCCCGGGGAGCUGCAGCCGGGCGUGUCGGCUGCAGAGUUUGCGUCGCGGAGGGACCGGCUGGCGGGCAUGCUGCCGCCAGGCGCGGUGGCGGUGCUGCCGGCCGCCCCGCUGGUGUAUAUGGCAGGCGUGAUCCCGUACCCGUACCGCCAGAGCGCCGACUUUUUGUACCUCACAGGCAUCACCCAGCCCUAUGCCUUGGCAGCCGUGGACUCCAGCCGCCGCUUCACCCUGUUUGUGGCGGAUCCCGAUGCGUGGCGGGAGCAGUGGGACGGCGCGCGGCUGGGCCCCGAGGCGGCGGCGGAGCUGCCGUCCAAGCUGGGCAGCCUGCUGGGCGACGCCUCUGCUGUGCUGUACGAUGCAGAGGCUAAAGAAAGCUGCGCCGUGCGGCAGCUGCCCGCGUUCCAGGAGGCCACCGCGCAGCAGCGCGUGCAGCCGCUGCGGCCGCUCAUGCACAAGCUCAGGUGGCGCAAGUCGCCCGCUGAGCUGGCGCUGAUGCAACACUCUGCCCAGCUGGCGGCGGCGGCCAUGUCGGGCUGCAUACAGCGCUCCCAGCCAGGCGUGCACGAGCACCAGCUGGCGGUGGUGUUUGAGCACGGGUGCAAAGCGGGCGGAGCGCAGCGCAUGGCAUACCCUCCGGUGGUCGCCGGCGGCCCCGACGCCUGCACCAUCCACUACUCCCGGAACGACAAGUCGGUACCGGGGGACCAAAUGGUACUGCUGGAUGGUGGCUGCGAGUACCAUGGGUACUGCAGCGACGUCACCCGCACCUGGCCUACCGGCGGCAAGUACAGCGGCGCGCAGCGUGCUGUGUACGAUGCUGUGCUGGAGGUGCACCGCGCCUGCCUGGAGGCCUGUCAGCCAGGGGCCACCCUGCGCCAGCUGCACCACAUCUCUGUUCGCCUGCUGGCAGAGGCGAUAGCGCAGCUGGGCCUGUUGCCGGGGCAGGCCGCGGGCGACAUCAUGCAGGGCAGCUACCGCCGCUUCUACCCACACUCAGUGGGGCACUGGCUGGGGCUGGACACGCACGACAGCAGCACGAUGAGCCACGACCGGCCGCUGGAGCCAGGCGUGGUGCUGACCAUCGAGCCGGGGCUGUACAUCCCCGAUGACGAGGCGUUUGGGCGGUACCGCGGCAUCGGCGUGCGGAUAGAGGAUGAUGUUGCUGUCACGGCUGCCGGCCACGAGGUGCUGUCGGCAGACGUGCCUGUGGAGGCGGCUGAGGUGGAACAGCUGGUGGGGGCGGCAGCCCUGUGA